UGGGAUGGUUAAAAUCCUUUAUGCAUUUAAACUACACAGCCCACAAUGCAACGCGGGAGGCGACGUCCCUCUUCUCCGCACCGGUCUGCUGAUUGCCAGUCUGCCCGACUCUGCCACAGACAGCUGAGGAUUUCCAGACGGGGGAUCCCGGCCGGCUCGCUACGGCCUUGUAAUAUCGAAACGGUGCGGCGCACAGUUUGUUGAAAUGGCGAAAACGUACGAUUAUCUCUUUAAACUGCUGCUCAUCGGAGACAGCGGAGUCGGCAAGACAUGCCUGCUGUUCAGAUUCAGCGAAGACUCCUUCAAUACCACCUUCAUAUCCACAAUAGGAAUAGACUUCAAAAUCAGAACCAUAGAGUUGGACGGAAAGAGAGUGAAACUACAGAUUUGGGACACUGCAGGGCAGGAGAGGUUUCGCACCAUCACUACUGCUUACUAUAGAGGAGCGAUGGGCAUCAUGUUGGUCUAUGACAUCUGCAAUGAGAAGUCCUUUGAGAACAUAAAAAACUGGAUCAGAAAUAUUGAAGAGCAUGCCUCAUCCGAUGUGGAGAAGAUGAUCCUGGGUAACAAGUGCGACAUGACUGACAGGAGACAGGUGUCUAAAGACAGAGGUGAAAAGCUGGCCAUAGACUAUGGUGUGAAGUUCUUGGAAACCAGUGCAAAGUCCGGCUUGAACGUAGAAGAGGCUUUUUAUACCAUGGGGAGAGACAUAUUACAUAACCUGAGCUCGAAGACAGCUGACAACAACGCCGGCGGAUCGGGAAAACCGGUGAAGAUCACAGAUAAAAAGUCGAAGAGAAUCAAACUGUUCAAGUGUUCGCUUCUCUAGGCGACCCGUCCGUAGCGUUUACGUUGCUAGCCGUGAGCUUGCUAUUUUGGAGGGUCCCUGCCUCUGGCGCUUCCUUAGCAGGGUCUGAACUCAUCAUAAUCAGUGGGGCCAGCUGAGCUCAGAGGUUCAUGGGUGGCUGAGGGGCGGCCUUGAUUUGCUGACCGGAAGAGGAUCAACGAGGACUGAGGCCUGAUACUUUAUAUCUGCUCAUGCAAAAGACUUGUGCAUGACUAUCAGCAGCGGUUUGUAGCUUGAUGCCUGCUCGCAGUGGGCAAUUUUACUACACCUCCAUUGGAUCUCAUAAAAAUAUUUCACAAGGUUGUCUUAUAUGUAGAAAAAAAAGAAGACUUUCAUAUAUCGUAGCAUCAUUUUAUACACACUACCUAUUGUUAUACUUACUAUGAUGAUGCUCAAAGUUAAGCAUAUCAAGUCUCGGCGUUGAUUGUAUUUGUCUGUGUGAAUUUAUGUAUAUUUAUAAGCUUGUGAUCUCCGGUUGCACUGGCAUCAUCUCUUUUCUGUUCAUUCGUGCCUAGAAGGAGUUGCAGUAUUGUGAGAGGAAAGAAAAAAACAUAUGUACAAAUGCCAUCCACUUUAUUCUCUUACUUUUAUUUAUUCUUUUUUAAUAGAACCAUUAUUUAUACAGGUUUUAGUGUCAAAAUGAAACUGCGCAAAAGGAUUGUUUGUGUCUUGGAACCUGUGCUUAAUACAUAUUGUAUUGUAUUAUUAUGAGUAUUUGCAUGAAAGCUCUGAGGGGUCAUUAUUAAGCACACAAGUAUCUCAAAAGAACGUGUUUACAGGCGAUAUUUGAAAAAUGUCAACAAUAUAUAGGACGUUCGUGUUUUUACCAUUCACAUAAGUGUAUAAUAUGUCAGCACAACUAACCGUGUUUAUACUUUACUUUUCUCCUGUAGAGACGGUAGGCGUUCGACGGGUUCUCUUUACACCUCCAACAUGAAAACACAAUGAUUGGGGAAAAGCUGUAAUGUGACUGGUUAUCUUUGUGAGCUACUGUAUGUUACACCAAUGACAAGUAAAGACGGUGAAGAAAGCGGAUCUUUA